AUGCCGUCGGUGAGCAACGAGCGGGCCGCCCUGUGCGCCGGUUGCGGCGGGAAGAUCUCGGACCGCUACUACCUCCUGGCGGUGGACAAGCAGUGGCACAUGCGUUGUCUGAAGUGCUGCGAGUGUAAACUCAACCUGGAAUCCGAGCUCACCUGUUUUAGCAAAGACGGCAGCAUCUACUGCAAGGAAGACUAUUAUCGGCGGUUCUCGGUGCAGCGCUGCGCCCGCUGCCACCUGGGCAUCUCGGCUUCGGAGAUGGUGAUGCGCGCCCGGGACUCGGUUUACCACCUGAACUGUUUCACCUGCUCCACCUGCGCCAAGAUGCUGACCACCGGCGACCACUUCGGCAUGAAGGACGGGCUGGUUUACUGCC